GAGCCCCCGAAAGCUUUCUUCAUUCCCAUCCACAGACUCCUACAAAAUGCAUCGCCUUUCUCCUUCCAUGUCCCUAACACCCGCUUCUUUCUUUCUAAGACCAGAUUGCCCUCACGCACGCCUCAUCAUCCAACGGUCCGCGUCAUGUCGUCUCUGCAACUCCUCCCACCUUCGCUGCCUGCCAUCCGAUCCAAUCGGCGUCUCAGAGCCUCUCCGAGUCAAACAGCCGCACCAUCUGCACCUCCCGACGCGUCCCGGCUCGAGCCGAGAGUCGAGGAGAGGGAUGGGUACUGGGUCCUCAAGGAAGAAUUCCGGCAAGGAAUCAACCCUCAGGAAAAGGUGAAGCUGGAGAAGGAGCCAAUGAAGCUGGUGCUAGAGCGGGGAAUUGAUGAGCUGGCAGCGAUCCCCUUCAAAGAGAUCGAGAGUUCGAAACUCACCAAGGAUGAUAUCGAUGUCCGCCUCAAGUGGCUUGGCCUCUUCCACCGGCGGAAGCAUCAAUAUGGGCGAUUCAUGAUGAGAUUGAAACUGCCAAAUGGGGUGACGACAAGCGAGCAGACCCGUUACCUGGGGAUUGUGGUGCUGAGUUACGGAGAACAUGGUUGUGCCGAUGUGACGACCCGACAAAACUGGCAAAUUCGCGGUGUGGAGCUGCCUCACGUGCCAGAGAUACUGGAUGGACUCGACCGAGUCGGGCUGACCAGCCUACAGAGUGGCAUGGACAACGUGCGGAACCCAGUGGGAAAUCCACUGGCAGGGAUCGACCCACACGAGAUCGUGGACACAAGGCCCUACACCAAUCUCUUGUCCCAGUUCAUCACUGCCAAUGGCCGUGGCAAUACUGACUUCACCAAUUUGCCAAGGAAAUGGAAUGUGUGUGUAGUGGGCUCCCAUGAUCUGUUCGAGCACCCCCACAUCAAUGAUCUCGCCUACAUGCCAGCAAUGAAGAAUGGGCGGUUCGGAUUCAAUUUAUUGGUGGGCGGGUUCUUUAGUCCCAAACGAUGUGCAGAGGCAGUGCCUCUUGAUGUGUGGGUCCCUGGAGAAGACGUGGUCCCUGUCUGCAAAGCAGUGCUGGAGGCGUACCGUGAUCUGGGCACCAGAGGAAACCGGCAGAAGACGCGAAUGAUGUGGCUCAUCGACGAACUCGGGAUAGAAGGAUUCAGAUCCGAGGUAGUGAAGAGGAUGCCGGGGCAAGAACUGGAAAGAUCGAGUGAAGAUAUGGUACAAAAGCAAUGGGAGAGGAGAGACUACCUUGGCGUCCAUCCACAAAAACAAGCAGGCCUAAGCUUUGUGGGCAUCCAUGUGCCGGUAGGCCGAGUCCAGGCUCAGGACAUGAUCGAACUGGCCCGUCUAGCAGAUGAGUAUGGUUCAGGUGAGCUACGGCUCACCGUUGAACAAAACAUCAUAAUUCCAAAUGUUAAGAACUCUCAAUUGGAAGCCUUGCUCAGGGAGCCACUCUUAAAGGAGCGGUUUUCUCCUGAGCCAGCUAUUCUGAUGAAAGGGCUGGUUGCUUGCACGGGCAACCAAUUCUGUGGGCAGGCCAUAAUCGAGACAAAGGCAAGGGCAUUGCAGGUUACAGAAGAAGUACAGAAGAGAGUGGCAUUGGAACAUCCGGUUAGGAUGCACUGGACAGGCUGCCCAAACACCUGCGGUCAGGUCCAAGUGGCUGAUAUAGGGUUCAUGGGGUGCAUGACCAGGGACAAGAAUGGGAAGGUAUGUGAGGGGGUGGAUGUAUACUUGGGUGGGAGAAUUGGAAGUGAUUCUCAUCUGGGAGAUUUGUUUAAGAAGGGUGUGCCAUGUAACGAUCUGGUACCAUUGGUGGUUGACAUUUUGAUAGAGCAAUUUGGAGCUGUGCCUAGAGAGAUGGAAGAAGAAGAUGGAGAACAUGAGGGAGGAAAUUAGUAGAUUUUAUGUCCUUUCCUCUUCUUUCUUUCUUUCUUUGGAUAGGAUUAUGUUAAAAGCAUGGGAUUUUGGGGGAGGACCCAUGUCUCUUUUUGGGCCCAUGAGCCACCCAAACUGGUCUACUGAGAAUGCAAUUGCAAUAUAUGUAACUUGGAGCCUAUGUAAUAAGAGAACUGAUUCAAGAGC